GCAUACAAUGCUUUAAUGAUUCCGCCGCGUCUUUGGCUGACAGCUCCUUAAGAAGAAACAAAAAAUGGGGAAUUCAUCUUCUGGAAGGAAGGACUCAUUUGAUGCCCACGGGGAAGUGUUGGGGAAUGGGAACCAGCAAAGGAACAGUCAUGGCUUUGAUGUAGAGCUGGGAAUGGGAACCAGCCUUAGAGAACUCGGCAAACGGUGUACUAGCCAUACAACUUUGAAACUACAUAAAUACUUGCAGAAAUGAAAGUUCAAGGACACAUCUUUAAUGUAUAUGAUCAAGUGAAUUUUGACCACUUUCAAAUAUUACGGGCUAUUGGAAAAGGAAGCUUUGGGAAGGUGUGCAUUGUGCAGAAGAGAGACAACAAGAAAAUGUAUGCUAUGAAAUACAUGAACAAGACAAUGUGCAUUCGUAAGGACGCUGUCCGCAAUGUGUUCCGUGAAGUGGAAAUACUGUCUGCCUUAGACCAUCCUUUCCUUGUCAACCUCUGGUUCACGUUUCAGGACGAGGAGGACAUGUUCAUGGUAGUUGAUCUACUUCUAGGAGGCGAUUUGCGAUUCCAUAUUCAGCAGGAAGUUCGAUUUGAUGAGAGUCACAUCAAACUUUAUGUGUGUGAGAUAGCCUUAGCAUUGGAUUACCUUAGAAAGAAAUAUAUUAUUCACAGAGAUAUUAAACCUGACAACAUUCUACUUGAUGAAGAUGGCCAUGUACAUAUUACAGAUUUCAACAUUGCUACAUUGAUUACAGACAAUCAGCUCGCCACAUCCAUGUCUGGCACCACUCCGUACAUGGCACCAGAAAUUUUUGCCUGUGCCCUGGAUGAAUGCCCCGGCUAUAACUUCGCAGUUGACUGGUGGUCACUUGGGGUGUGUACUUACGAGAUGUUGAGAGGAAGGAGACCGUAUGACAUUCACAGUAGCACCUCCAUCCACGAGGCCAAACAAAUGUUCACCACUCUCAAAGUGCAUUAUUCCUCCUCAUGGCAUAAUGGCUGCAAGGACCUAGUCAAACAACUUCUAUAUUUGGAUCCAGAGAGGAGAAUUUCCUCAAUAGAGGAGCUGCAGAAACACAGCUUUAUAUCCGAUGUGGACUUUGACAGUGUACUACACAGACAGAUAAAACCAUCGUUUGUGCCUUCUAAGGACCACCUGAACUGUGACCCAACCUAUGAACUGGAAGAAAUGAUUAUAGAAUCCAAGCCUCUUCACAAAAAGAAAAAGAGGCUUGCCAAACAGAACUCCAAGAGGGAGCUCUCACACCAGUCCUCAAUGGAAGGGGAUACUUCACAAGACAUGGAGGAGAAUAUUUUUAAAUAUUUUAGAAUCUUCAACCGGGAGAGGGAGUUACAAACAACACCUCGAGACCAAGAGGAACCUCGCCAAGAGAGAGACAAUGAAUGUUACGAAUCUCAGGAUGAACUUGAAGUUCCAAGUAAGGGCUCUAAACAACCAAUCACAAAACAAGUGACGUUCGACUCCAGUGAAUUGACAAGCAAGACACCAAUAUCUAGUAUCGGUGCAAGUACCUCGUUCAGCUGAUGUAGCGAAAACUUGGUACAUCUGUGAUUCUCGAGCAUUUCCAGAAGCUUACAAAAACAUCACAAACGGGAUCAGUUUGUCUUAACUCAUUGAGUGAUGUGAUCAUUGCUCUGUCACUUAUCAACAACUUCACUUGUUCAAAUCGAGAGGACAGUCAAUGAUGUUAUGUUUUAUACAGUAAAACAUGCAUAUAGCAAAGUUAUGUGGAGGAACCAAUCUGAUUCAUUAUCAAUGUAAUUUGUAAUCAGUUCAUGACAUGUUUGUAAAACUACAGGGGAAUGAAAAUCGCUUCACUGUUAGCAUGGUUUCAGUAUAAGCAUGUUUGCUGUAACUGUGUUUUACUGUAAGUGUGAAUUCAUUAUAAGCAUCUUUACUGUAACCAUGUUUUACUCUAAUUGAAUAUGAGGACCAAAUAAAUGACCAAUAGGAUGAAUGACCAAUAGGAUGACCAAUAAAAUGACCAAUUCUUUAACACUAGAUGGCCAAAGAAUCAUGAGAAUGUUGCAUCAUAGCUAAUGUGCAUAUUAACUACAUGUAGCAGUUCAGCUGUUCACUUAGUAUUCUCUUGUAUGAAGGUGGUACACAUGUACUUUGAUUGUGGACAUUAACUAGCAACAACUGUUGUAGUACCUUUAUUGUUAUGUUAUGUAAAGGAAAAAAGAACUAAGUCUGAUUUUAAGGAGAUAUUUUACAUCAUCAUGAUGGCUAACUUCCCUUUAAAACAUGGAUGAAAAUAAAAAUAUCAGCAAUAUUUCUCUAUUCAUUUCCAAGUGCAUUGCCUAACUGAGGAGCUCAGUAGGUUAGCAUGUCGAAUGCAGAACUGUAGAUCGCAGGUUCGAGUCCAAUAUGGGUUUUUAAUUUUUUCAGAUUGCUUUCUACUAAAACUGCAUUUUUUGACUAAAUAAAGUAAAUUUGAAAGUUUUCAUUUUCAAAAUAUCAUUGUGCAUAUCCCCCACUUUUCAUCCAUAUCAAAUUUCUCUGGUGUAGCAUAUCUCCUUAAAAUGUAUUUUUAUUGAUACUUGUAAUUAACACUUAGAAGUCUAAUCCUGUUUUAUAAAUUCAAUUUUAAUUGUUGCAUUCCAUUAUAUAUAUAUAUAUAUAUAUAUAUAUAUAUAUAUAUAUAUAUAUAUAUUCUGUUUUUGUAUUAUUUCCAGGGACAUGUGUAAUAAUAUUGCUUUUUCAUUGUUGUGCUGGCAAAGGAAAUUGCAGUCUUUGUGAAGUACUUCUCUAAUUUAGUACAUAAUUUUGAUGUGGACCAUGAAGCAUUAGGAAUGACCUUCUUCAUUGUCUAUUUGUCCCCCUUGUGAGAGAUAAUUUUUAUUUCUAGCACAUUUAUUUGUCAGGUGACAGUCAUUAAAUAAGUAUUGUCAUAUCCGUUGACUUUUCAUAAUAUCUUAUUUCUUAAUCAUUGGAAUUGAAUCUCCGCUGUGUUUGUGAUGCAAAGUAAUCAAGUUCAUUUUUGCAGAUUGGUGUAUUUAAGUACCCGACAUCCUGUUUUCUGAUUGUUGCAAUAUUUUGUUUGUGACAGCCUAGAACAUUGAAAUUGUAAGAGAUGUAACUGCUUUUCAGCAUGUAUUUUCUGUAUGUGAUAUAUACAACAAUCACUGAUGUGUGAAAUUUAUCUUUAUGUUAAAUUUAUCGAAAGUCUGUGUUCAGUCAUGCAUAACACAAUAUUACUGUACACUACAUGUAAUUUUUAUAACGAGCACAAACGCCUCUUUUUCAUGAAUACUUAUCGUCGCAUACGAGUCAUUAUGUUUAUCCUCAAAUAUUUCUCAUCGCGAAAGCCUUCUGCAUUGGUGGUUCUCGAGUACUAGUGCACAUAUUCAUGUAGUGUGUUAUUGUUCGUGUGCAGUAAUUGUGACAGCUCGACAGGGAUAGCCCUUUUUAAAAAGGAACUGCCAUGAAUGUCUAUGUCAUACAUACAAUGUAACAUCCGGAAAGGGGAUUCAUUGUCCAAUCAUAUUUCCUGAAAGUUGUCCAAUCAUAUUCCUUGAAAGUUGUACACAAUGUCAUAUUCAGUUAAUGAUGUGCAAUCAAUGUUUUGGUGUAGAUUAUUAUAUUAUGUAUUCCUCUUUGACAAUCGGAACUGUUGUCAAUUUCUUAAUGAUCAACGCAUUGCAAAAUGUAUUUGCUUUUGAAAUUAGCAUUUUUCUUUGCUAAUUUGAUUGAGUUACCUGCCUUGUUUUAUCUAGCAACUCCGAAUUUUCUGAGAUAUGCUGCUUAUUGUUUUGUUUCUGUUUAUAUGUUUUGUUAUAUUGAGUUUUGAAAUCUGUUUUUUAAAAUUAAAUUUUAAGACUCUAAUA